AUGGAUCCAUACUCUGCGCAGAACUACUACCAACAGUACCAGCAGCAGCAAUCUGCCGAUGUCAACCCUUACCACCAGCCGUAUCAGGGCCCGAUGUACCCUAUCCCAGGAGCGUCGACGUCGGCCCACAGCGCCCCCGUACCUGCCAAUGCGUACGAAUAUGAUGUCGGAAUCCUAGCUCAGCAGAGUGUGUACGUUCCGGGCGCCAUGAUCGAUAAACGUGGGGGUGCGGGCGGCAAGCUAGCCAAGGGGGGCAAGCGGACGACUGUGUUGCGGAAGGGCGCAGGAAAGGUCUGGGAGGAUCAGACCCUGUUGGAAUGGAAUCCUUCUUGGUUCCGCUUGUUCGUGGGUGAUCUUAGCAAUGAUGUGUCGGAUGAUGUUCUGUCAAACGCAUUCAACAAGUAUGCAUCCUUUCAGAAGGCUAGAGUGAUCCGUGACAGGCUCAGCGGGAAGGCAAAGUUCGGCUUUGUCGCAUUCUCAGACCCAGAGGACUUCCUCAAGGCAUGGAAGGAGAUGGACGGCAAGUAUGUUGGCAACAGGCCUAUCAAGCUCAAGAAAGCAGAUAACAACAUCAACCCGGUAGAGAUUGGUCAUCGAAAGGCUCGUCAGCUCGAGAAGGAGCUGAAGCAGAACAGGCACAAGCCAUACUGA